UUGAAUGUGGGAAUUUACUCAACCAAGUAGUCUGCAGACACAUAUAUGGAUUCACAUUGGAAUCAAGCCUUGGGAAUGUGUUAAAUGUGGGGAUGUGUUCAAUGUUGGGAAAAAUUACUCAAUCAACAAGUAUGGAGAGAGAGAUGAGGAUUCACAGUGGAAUCAAGACUAAUGAAUAUGUUGAAUAUGGAAAACAAUUUUCACAAUCAGGUAAUCUGCAGGCAAACAUGAGGAUCCACAGUGAAAUCAAACCUUACGAAUGUGUUGAAUGUGGGAAAAAAUUUACACGCUCUGAUACUCUGCAGGGACACAUGAGGAUUCACAGUGGAAUCAAACCUUAUCAAUGUGUUGAAUGUGGGAAACAAUUUACACACUCAGGUAAUCUGCAUGCACACAUGAGGAUUCACAGUGGAAUCAAGCCUUAUGAAUGUGUUGAAUGUGGGAAGCAAUUUAGACAAUCAAGUAAUCUGCAGACACACAUGAGGAUUCACAGUGCAAUCAAGCCUUGUGAAUGUGUUGAAUGUGGGAAACAAUUUACCCACUCAGGUAAACUGCAGGCACACAUGAUGAUUCACAGUGGAAGGAAGCCUUAUGAAUGUGUUGAAUGUGGGAAGCAAUUUACAGAAUCAGGUAAUCUGAAGGUACACAUGAGGAUUCACAGUGCAAUGAAGCCUUAUGAGUGUGGUGAAUGUGGGAAACAGUUUACGCAAUCAGGUAAUCUUCAGGCACACAUGAUGAUUCACAGUGGAAUGAAGCCUUAUGAAUGUGUUGAAUGUGGGAAAAAAUUUACACACCCAAGUAAACUGAAGAGACACAUGAGUAUUCACAGUGGAAUCAAACCUCAUCAGUGCAUUGUAUGUGAGAAAACAUUUAUACUACCAUGUGAAGUUCAGAGACACAUGAGGGUUCACACAGGAAUGAAGCCUUAUAAAUGUGUUGAAUGUGGGAAAACAUUUACACACUCUGGUAGUCUGCAGAAACACAUGAAGAUUCACACAGGAAUCAAACCUUAUAAAUGUGUUGAAUGUGGGAAAAAGUUCACACAAUCAGGUCAUAUGCAGGAACACAUGAAGAUUCACAGUGGAAUCAAGCCCUAAGAAUGUCUUGGAUGUGGGAAACAAUUUACACAAUCAAGUACUCUUCAGAAAUACAUGAAGGUUCACAGUGAAAUCAAACUUCAUCCGUGCACUGCAUGUGAGAAAACAUUUAGACCAUGAGGUAAACUUCAAAGACACUUGAGGAUUUUACAGUGGAAUCAAGCCUGCUGAAUGUGUUGAAUGUGGGGAAAAAUCUACACAAUCUGGUAAUCUGCAGGCAUUCAUGAGGAUUCACUGUGGAAUCAAGCAGUGAAAACUUAAUUCUGUGUUGGGUUUGGGAAAGGAUGUACCCCUGCAAGCACCCUGUAGAAAUACAUAAGAAUUCAAGGUGGAAUCCUGUCUUAUCAAUGUGUUGAAUGUGGAAAACAUUUGCAUUGUCAUAUACUCUUAGCCAGUAUACAGUUCAGAGGAAUCACAGUAGAAUCAACUGAUUAUGGAGUUUAAACGUUAUGUAUAUAUUACAGUGCAUAUAUUUCUUUAUACACUUUUAUAUUUUUCACAAAUUAUUCUUUUCAAAGGAAAUUUGUGUAUGUGUAAAUCGCUGUGCGUAGUGUUUCUUGUUUAUAGCCCUGCAUGUCAAGCGCAGCAGUGGUCAAUCAACGUCACUGCCAAAAUCGUUAACAGUGGGUGCGACAACAACAGCGUUGGUGAUGUCAACAAUUACAACAAGUGUUGUUUUCUGAUGAGUCCAGAUUCAAUUUGUCCCACGCCAAUGGCCGAUUACGUAUAUGGAGACGCCGUAAUGAACGUUACGCCAACUGUUGUGUUGUGGAAGCUGGCCGCUGGGGAGGUGGAAGUCUCAUGGUAUGGGGUUGCUUCAGCUACCACCACAGAACA